AUGACAGUCCUCUUCCCCGGAUUCGAAGCCCUAGACGCCUUUGGGCCUCUGAACUGCCUAAAUGACUUGUCUCGCAGCGAGCCCAUCACCCUGGCCAUGCUCUCUUCGACUCUGGAUCCCGUGUCGACAAAGCCCCCCAUGUUCCCCGCCAGUCUGGGUCAGACUGUUCUCCCAACACACACUUUCGUCGAUGCUCCAGAGUUAGACGUCCUGCUCAUCCCUGGAGGUUUAGGAACUCGAGGAUCUGCCCCGGUGGUGCAAGACGCCAUCGCAUUUAUCCAGAAGACCUACCCGCAACUAAAGUACUUGAUUACGGUAUGCACCGGCUCGGGACUAGCCGCCCGAGCCGGGGUCCUGAAUGGGAAGCGUGCCACUACGAACAAGAAGGCGUGGAAGGAAACGACUGCGCUGGGACCGGAGGUGAACUGGGUUGCGCGUGCGCGAUGGGUCACGGAUGGAAAUAUCUGGACUUCGUCGGGAGUGAGCGCGGGCAUUGAUGUUACACUGGCGUGGAUUGAGGAAGUUUUCGGAAAGGAGAAGGCGACAUUAAUUGCGAAUAGCAACGAGUACACUCGACACGAAGAUCCAGACUUCGAUCCCUUUGCCGAGUUGCAUGGCCUGUGA